AUGACGCAUGAGGUGGAAAAGAUAGAGAUGAUCAAGCGCGUCGAAAAAAUAUUGUCCAGAUCGGCCUGUCUACGCUCCCUCGCGAUACCCCACUUCGACCAUUAUUGGACGCAUAGCCCCGACCUCAUCGAACGAUUGGCUGACUUCACACAACUCCGCACCCUCGUCCUCAGCAGCAUCCGUACCAUGCCCACAGACAAGACACCGCUCCCCGACAUUCCUCCUCUCGCUCUCGCCCAUACCCUCCACUCCCUCGACCUCACCUUCGUAUCAGGAUGGGCCAUCGAGCAUCGGGAACACGUGGCCCGCAUCGUGGCUCGUCUGCAGGCCUUCCCCGCUCUGCGCACCCUGUGCCUUCGCACCGACCGCAUCUUCGUUCCGCCAGUCAAACGUGCCACACGUCAGUCGACACCUCAUCCACGUGCAACGUUGCCGAACAUCCGCAACCUUACGAUCAUCAGCUGGAGCCCACUGCCCGUUCCGGACUGCCCUCACAUCGAGGAGUUGACACUUGAUCGGCGUGAGCUGUACUCGCAGAGCGCAGCGGGUCUUCAGUGGCCACCGCUACGCGCUUUGACCAUCUUGUACAAUGGAAACCAAGACUGGAUGACUCGCCGUGAAGCGUCCCGCAUCACUAGUGCAAGUCGUUUGUGGUUCAACUCCAGCCCUCCCUCCGAACACGGCGCUUGGCACCACGAACGCAACGUCGGCAAGUCUUAUUGCAAGGAGAUCCCAGGUCUGUCAACUUUCCAGUUCUCCUGUACGCUGCUCUGGUUCCUCGACCUAUCGGACAUACAAAUGCAAACGGGCUUCAUCCCGCAGCGGGGACGUUUCACCGACAACAAAAUCGCCCUCACCCGGGUCGCCGCGCACCUGCGCUCCCUCCACAUCGACGUCCACCACUCCACCUUCAUGAAGGAAGCCUCGUGGGCCACGUUGAGAGUGCUCCCGCAGGUGCUCGCCGCUGCGCCGCUCGUGCAUCUCACCCUCGUCCUCGUCCCGCGCAACCAUAAAGCGGACGCGGUGGUGCCGAGCAGCUGGGCCGCCCAGGAGCUCGUGCGUGUGCGCGUCGCGCGGGAGAUCCCGCGGCGCCUCGCGGAGGCGAUCGUGACACUGCGGGUGUUGCAGGUUGGGGACGCGAUGCCUCAUACUGCGUGGCUACCCCCGCAGCAAGUCAAGCACGGCGAUGACAAGGGCAAGCAGGAGAAGUGGGAGCGCCGUCUUCAGGAGAUGGCCGCGAUGGAAGUGGUACGGCGACUGCGGUGGUGGUGGAUCGAGAGGACGGACGGUGGGGCGGUGAUGACGGAGAUAUGGCGGGAAGAUGGGGAGAGGGCGCGGGACUUGGUCGAGGAGGAUAGAUUCGACCGCGCGACGGGGCUCGGUGCGCGUUCAUCCGCGAACACCUGGCGCACGUUCACCGUGUAUGGACGCGAUGUGUGGGGCCUCGUCGAGGCACCGCGCCGGAGAUAG